AUGGAUAUUGAUGCUUACUUGGGCCCCUUCGAACGAGCUCUGGUGAAAGUGAGCAACUUUUGCGACACAGUGAGGGCCCUCAUCAGUGAUGAGGACGAACGCAGGCCAAGUAAAUUGGAUGCCACAGCCGGAGUAGCAGCAACAUCAAAGGAAGUUCAAGGUCGUUACAUUCGUCUGGCAUCCCAAGAAGAGGAGGAGGAUGAUGAGGAAGAGGGACGCAAGUUGAAAAAGUUAAAAAAGAAAAUACAGAAAUUACUGCUGCCAUUACUCAUUGCCUACAAAAUAAAAUUUCUGACACUCAUACCAGUGCUAAUUGGUGGUCUAACUCUGCUGGUGGGCACAACUGGCCUGGCUGGCUUCUUUUUUGCCCUAUUUACGGCAGUAAUGAGUUUGAAGACCGCAACAGGUGGCGGUCAUGGCAGCAAAGCAUUGCUCUUAAAGAAAAUCUGA